AUGGCGAGCGGAGAGGAGGCCAGAAGACGCCCCUCGGUUACCUCCUCUUCGGUCGGCCUGGAGGCUCUGUUCCCUGCCGGGACAUCGGAGCAGGCCUGCGGCGACGGAAACCCGGAGCUCGUCCGUCUGCGGGAGCGUCUUCAGGGUUGGCUAUCGCAGUACGAGCCCCUGCUGCUAUGGGUGCAGAGGCUGCUGGUCUGGGAGAGGCCGUUGUACAGCAUCUCUGUCGCCCUGACACUCAACACAUUAUUCUGGCUCCUGUCAUCCACAUCCCUGCGGCCUCUCUUCUUGUUAAGUGUGUCCCUGCUGGGACUGAUGCUACUGGAAAGAUGGAAGCCUAAGUUGCCCAUCAUUACUGUUCAACAUGCAGAUGCUCACCCAAUACAAAGUGAAACGAUUAGUGCGGAGCAGCGUCUGCUCAGCGUUCCUGAGCUCAGCCACCACCUGGCUGAAAGCUACCUGACCUGGUGUCUGUAUCUGCAAGAGAUGCUGCAGUACAAACGACAGAACCAUGGCAAGUUCUGUGUGAUGAUGUGUACUGGCUGUUUUGUCUUGGCUGUGGUUGGACAUUACGUACCAGGAAUCAUGAUCUCCUACAUCAUAGUCCUGAGUGUGCUGCUGUGGCCACUGGUGGUCUACCACGAGCUGAUCCAGAGGAUGUACACCGGCCUGGAGCCCAUCCUGAUGAAACUGGACUACAGCAUGAAGGGAGAUACAGAGCCCCGCAAGCAUGACAAGAGGAAGGUUAAGAAGGAGAUGGAGGAAGGGGAUGAACCGAGAGCAGAAACAGAGAGUGAGAGUGAGGAGGAGCUGUCCUGUUUUGCUCCAACGGUGGAUGUGAAGACCACAGCCCUGGCGAUGGCCAUCACAGACUCUGAGUUAUCAGAUGAAGAGGCGUCCAUCUUGGAGAGCGGUGGGUUCUCUGUCUCUAGAGCCACCACUCCACAGCUCACAGAUGUCUCUGAAGACCUGGACCAGCAGAGUGUACACAGCGACCCAGAGGAGGCCUACCUACGCGAUCUCCCCGAGUUUCCCUCUAUUGAGGAGUUCCCGUCCAUUGAACACAACCUGCUGCAUUUCCCUCUGCGAGGCCCCGGCCAGGCUGACGGAGCCCAGGCUGGAGCUCCGUCUGAGGGGGAACCGCUGAGCCCUGCCAGCCUUCUCAUCCAGCACCUUGCGUCCCCACUCCAUUUUGUAAACACACACUUCAACGGACAUGGACGACCACCUGGGUGUGAGGAGGCCUUGCUGCCUGUGACGGGUGCAGGCAAGGAAGCAGGGGAGCAGCAGGGAGAGGAGAAAGGAGCUGCAGUUACCCAGGGUGCUCAGCGGUCUCUGGAGGCCUUGAGUGAGGAGAUAGUGAGCACGGCUAUCUCCACUGUGGUGCAAAACACUCUGUCAGCUCUGCUGCGCUCCACUGAGGCUAGCGAGGAGCCCUCUCUGGCAGAAUUCCUUCCCACCGAAACCCCACCGGGCGCUUUGGAGACCUCCACCCAACCUACCGACACCACUGCUCACACUACAGUCACUACAGUAGGGGCACUGGGGCCUGAUGAGGACCUGGACGAGGCCAUUACAACAGAAAGUGCGACCGGAGAGGAGAUGCCUGAUGACACGCUAGUACCGACUGAGGAAGAGGACUUUGAGCUUCUGGACCAAAGUGAACUGGAGCAGGUGGACGAGGAGCUGGACCUGAGCUCCAACAGACAAGUGUCAGGAGCUGCAGACACACCUCCAUCCACUCAGCAUCAACCCCAGUCCUAGCUUCUCUGUUACCCCCCCGCCCACACCUCCUUGUUUUUGUUUGUACAUUAAAACUACAUGAUAUACAUACAGUACAUACUGUUAUAUACAAAACAUUUAUCAGAGUUUGGCAUUUAAUACUGUUGGUCUGUGAUUGUGUGGCUCAUGGUUGAGAUUAGUUGGUGCAUUCAGCUUUGAUAGCCUGUCAUCGCAGGACUUUGUUUAGCUUUGGUACCUGAGUUGUGUUGUUUCUAGUGCAGGACCAUCACAGUGUCGGGUUCAUCACUACUGUCCAGUGGCAUUCAUUAAAAACGCAGCAGUAAUCUAUACACUCACAUUUGAGAAGUAAACACACAUCAACGCCAUGGAGGAAUUUACUUCAUACAGCCUGCAGGCCUGAUGGAUCAGGUAUAGCACAACCAGGCUCAGGGCAGAGCUGGUCAUUAUUGUCAAAGACAGUUUGUUCAUCAAGGGUGAAAUUUGCUCAGUAAUUUAACAAAACAUCUGUGAAGGCAGGAUGACAAACUUGUCUUGAGUUUAGUCUCAUGUCACAGUAAUGAAGCCUUUAUUUUCUUCCUCGGUUAUGUGCUUAAACCAUCUACCUUGAUUUUGAUUCAAAGCGAGAUGGAAGGGAGAGUUGGAAUGUUGGAUUACAUAACUAUUAAUAUAUGCUAUAAAUUAUUAUUUAAUUUAAUGGUCAGUUGAUGAAACAAUAUUGCUAAGCUGGGGGUAAAUGUAAAAGUUUAUUUUUAUCCUUUCAGCAGCCCAUAAAGAUUAUUAAGGAAAAUGUUUUUAAUGAUUUAUGUCCAGGUUUAAAAGGAAGUUGCAUAUCCUCAGAGGUAGAAACAGUAGUUAUCUCCCAGGCUAGUCUAUGCUUCAAGCAUUCAGUCAUUAGUGUUCUUUCACUUGUUGCCUGGAAAUGGAAACUUGGAAAUUGUUGGAUGUUGAUAAUUAGUAACUCUUUACCCAUAUAUGUACACACACACACAAGUGACUUUGUGGCAAUAUAAAAGAAUUAUUCCAGAGUUUCCUCUUUGUCAGAGACCUCAUUUUUAUUGGUAUCUAUGAAUAGAAUUUAAUUUCAUACAUCCACAUAUUACUGAAUUUAUUUUGUUAGAUAGACCUAUACUCAAAUAUUUACAUAUAUCUAUAUAUAGUCACCACUGGGGUAUGUAUGUUUACCAAAUAACUUCAUUUGUGCCACGACAAGUCCAUGCAUGCCAUGCAUCACGGUGUAUUUGUCAUGAUGAUAUUUGAGGGCACCUUUCGCAGGAGUAUUACUUUAAUUUAAGCAGAUGUUUCUGUUUUUGAAGGGACAUUAAAAAAACUAAUACUUUAGUCGCAUCUUCUCUAUUUGGCCACUGCUGGAGAUUUGUAGAAAUUCUUGACAUGGCAAAAAUCGAUAAGAAAUCUAUGCUCAGCUGUAUGAAGAAGCAGGUCUUUGUUUUUGUAAACCACUCAGCAUCCAGAUCUCAGGGGUGGGUUGUAAAAUUUGAAUAUAACAUUGCAGACUAUCUUGUCCACUUCCCGACUUGUCGUAGUGCACUGUAUUUGUACUAACCCUUUUUUUCAGUCAAUGCCUCCUUGUGUAUAGUGUAGAAAUGCUAAAAAAAGAACGUGUACAUUUUGCAUGUAAAAACAGCACUCUGUUCAAUUUCUCCUUGUCAUUUGACUGCACAAUUUAUGAGAAAAUUUUGAAUGUUUCAGGUU